GCCAUGGAGGAAGCCCUCAACGGUACCAUUGAUCCAGCUUGUUUGCAGGAGCCCCCAUUAGCUAUGGAUAUGAUCAAGCAGCUUGAUGCAUUUGGAUUUUGCCUGUACUUCAUGCUCACCCUCAUGUCCAGUGUCUCCCUGCUGUUGUACCUGGAACAGUGUGUCUAUAUUUACAAAAAACUGCCGUAUCCCAAGAAGACCACAAUCAUUUGGGUAAACGGUGCAGCACCGGUCAUUGCCACCAUGGCAUGCAUUGGGAUGUGGAUCCCGAGGGCAGUCAUGAUCACAGACAUGACGUCUAACUGUUAUUUUGCAGUCGUGGUUUACAAGGUCUUGGUUCUGUUGAUCGAGGAGUUGGGGGGCAGCAGUGCCUUUUUGCAGCAGUUUUCUGGUAAACCCUUUAGGAUCAGCACAGGACCCUGCUGCUGCUGCUGUCCAUGUUUACCGCAAGUCCCCAUGUCAAGGCGAAUGCUUUUCCUGCUGAAGUUGGGCGCUCUUCAGUAUGCAAUCCUAAAAACGGUGCUCUCUGUCCUGGCUGUAAUACUGUGGACCAAUGGCAACUUUGAUCUUUCAGAUCUGGAGAUCACUGGUGCAGCCAUUUGGAUUAACCCAUUCGUUGGUAUUCUAACCAUCACUUCCCUUUGGCCUGUUGCCAUUGUCUUCAUGAACACAAACCGCUAUUUACGCUGCCUCAAGAUUAUACCAAAGUACGCGAUGUACCAAUUAGUACUUAUAUUGAGCCAGCUGCAGACAUCCAUCAUUAACAUCCUGGCCUUGGAUGGAACCAUCGCCUGUGCACCUCCUUUAUCGUCUCAAGCUCGUGGCUCCAUGCUUAGUCAGCAGAUAAUGAUCAUGGAGAUGUUCAUCAUCACCCUGGUCACUCGGCUUUUGUACCGCCGCACAUAUGAUGCACUUCCCUCUGAGACACAUGAUGGCGACCAGAACACCACAGCCUCCCUGGAGGCUACUCACAUGGAGCAUGAUGUCUAAAAAUAAAGGCACACAGUGAAAGGCACACAGUGAAACACAGUGUACUCUGCUCUUUUAACUAUGUAAAUGAUUGUGUAAGAGACUGUUAACUAGUCUAACCU